GUCCAUCAUUCUCACAACACAAACACAUCUAUCGAUCUUCUAUUUUUGCUUAGCUAGCUCAUUUUCUUUUGCUAGCCAUGGCCUUGUUUGCAAGCAAGAACAAGAAGAUGGUGGUGUCGAUGAUCGCCGUCGUUGCCGCUUUGGCUGUUUUCGCUCCCAUGAUGGCUUCGGCGACGCAAUACGUGGUGGGCGAUGGAAAGGGUUGGACCAAGGACUUUGAUUACUCCGCUUGGACCGCCGGCAAGCAGUUCUUCGUUGGUGACUCUCUUGUGUUCAACUACCCAGCAGGGAAACACAACGUGUUCAAAGUGAACGGCACAGAUUUCCAGCAGUGCUCCAAGCCACUUGUCGGCGCUCCACUCACCACCGGGAGCGAUGAGAUUCCGCUCAAAACCACGGGGAAGAAAUGGUACAUCUGCGGCGUCACCGGCCAUUGCGCUACCGGCCAGAAGCUUGUCAUCACUGUCCUCGACGGAUCCGCCGCUCCGGCCCCGACUCCCGUCUCGCCAUCAACUGGGGCCGCCCCGGGGAGCAUCGUCAGUGCUGGGUUCGCUGCGGCCACGGUCGUCGCCGUCGGCGUUCUUGGGAUGGUCAUGUUUUGAAUUUGAUGAGUUGUGGUUUUUUGGAAGUGAUAAUAAAUAGUAGUGACAGAA